AUGGUACGCUGCACGUCUGUUCCGCUUACUCUUGCCGUCGAUCUAUUGAACCCCUCUGCAGAAUAUGAACGCAAACAGCACAAACUCAAGCGUCUUGUGCAAUCCCCCAACUCUUAUUUCAUGGAUGUAAAAUGCCCAGGGUGCUUUGCUAUUACCACUGUAUUCUCUCAUGCGCAAUCAGUAGUUCUUUGUGGCUCAUGUGCAAGUGUCUUGUGCCAACCUACGGGUGGUAAGGCAAGACUGACCGAGGGUUGCUCAUUCCGCCGGAAGAACUAG